GAAAACAAAGCAAAACAAAAAGCAAUACCAGCCAGGCGUGGUGGUGCACGCCUGUAAUCCCAGCUAUUCGGGAAGUUGAGGCAGGAGCAUCCCUUGGGCUCUGGAAGUCGAGGCUUCAGUGAACCAUGAUCGCCACUGCACUCCAACCCUGGGCGACAGAGCGAGACCUUGUCUCCAAAAACAAACAAAACCAUGCCCACACACUAACAACAAAACCAAAAAAGCCCUAGACAAUACCAAGUGUGUACCAUAACGAGAAAAGGAACAGGUUGUUUGUAAAAUAAAUGUUAAAGUUACUAUUACCCAUUUCUCCAACCAGUACACUUGACUUUCAGUGUUUGUUCCAGAGUUGAGGGGAUGGAGAGGGAUAUGUAUGUGUGUGGAUGACCUCCAUUCGCUGUGUUGAAAACGCGCGGGUGACUGCAGGAAACCACAGAGCACAGCUCGGGUCUCUACUGAUCGGGAAACGUCGGAAGACAGAAAAAUGGGCAAUCAUAAAACCCACGGCAACCAUGAAGACACGCACUCUCCCCCUAGCAAUCCCACCCCAGAACUCAGGACACAGGGUGCCCACGCUCAGCGCUUGGCGCCAGCACUUCUUGAACACCCUCAACCCCCUCAGCUAAACCUGAGAUCCCGGCGCUCCGGAUUCUAAACGUUUCCUUGAGCGGGUCCUCUCUAGCCGGCCGUUUAUCUAUGGUUUCUGCUAUAGGGCGCUCUAGCCUGCGCGAAGGGGCAGUGAGACCGCGCGGGUACAGCUCGCGGCUGCGGUGAACUCCGGUGGGCGCCCUGCUGGUUGAGCAGGCGGCCAUGGAGUUCUUGCGGAAAACACUGAUCACAGUCGCAGUGCUGGGCGGAGGGGCUGGCGUGGGCUUCGCGCUCCUUGCUAUCGUGACCCCCGGAGAGCAGCGGAAGCAGGAAAUGCUAAAGGAGAUGCCACUGCAGGACCCGCGGAGCAGGGAGGAGAUGGCCAAGACCCAGCAGCUAUUGGUGGCCACUCUGCAGGAGGCAGCGACCACACAGGAGAACGUGGCCUGGAGGAAGAACUGGAUGGUUAGCGAAGGCGGCGCCGGCGGGAGGUCACCGUGAGACCGGACUUGACCCUGUGGGCGCUGGGACCUUGGCUCGGGCGCAGGAAUCCGAUGCAGGCUUUCUCCGUGGGCCCAGCGGAGAGUCCGGCCGAGAUGCCAUGCCCAGGACUCUCCAGGGUCCUGUGAGCUGCCGUCGGGUGAGCACGUUCCCCCCAAACCCUGGACUGAUUGCUUUAAAGUCCGCAAGGCGGGCCAGGGCCGAGACGCGAGUCGGAUGUGGUUAACUGAAAGAAUCAAUAAAUCAUGUUCCUCCACCCAGAA